UCUGUUUUGGUUUAAGCAAAGCGCUUAACACAGCAAAGAUCUUUUAAAAUGAGAAACUAAUACAUGCAAUGAUACAUUUUCCAAAUAGAUGAUUUUAGCAAGUCAUCAAAAGGUUUUAUGUCUGUCCUGUGUUACCUGCUUUCUACCUCCUGGUGGGCAGAUCCUCUGAACUCUAAUGAAGAGUGUUGCAGCGGAGAAAAGACGGCUACUUUGAACAGUCCUUUGUGAGAACCAAUGAUUGCAGCGAACGACAUAAACCAGAGCACCGUUCUUCAAGCCAAGGACCCUUGUCAUCCAUUAGAGCAGUAAUCAAGAGAUCACUCAUGAAUAGUACACAGCAAAAUGCCCCGUGGAAGAGCCUCCCGGACCUGUAUUCAAAGUGAACUUCAUCGGGAUCGGAGGCGCCCAGAGAUCACUAUUGUGGCAGCAGAGCCACUGAGGCCAGCCUCGUGGUUUCCAGGAGCCCCACCACCAGGACUGGGGUUUCCCCCGACCCCUGCAGCAGGGCCUUGGAGGCCAAAUGAUUUGGUUCCUGCUGAGCUCCCACCCUCCUAUGAACAAGUCAUAAAGGAAAUCAACCAAGUUCAGGUCAAUACUACAAAUAAUAAUAAUGCUGCUGCCAUUCCAAGGAGCACUAUUACUUCUGCAACUCAGACUGACUUUCCAGAAGAAAUAGACAGCAAUCUGCCUCAAAGUAAUGCAACACUGCAGGCUCCUCUCAAACCUCUUCAGCCUUCCCCAGCAGCCUCAGUUGGUGACCUCCCAGCAAGCGUGGCACCUUUAAUAGUCUUUGAUAUUUCUGAAGAACAGAAUUGUCCCGAAAACCCCAGUGCUGUAAGAUGUCCAGUGCCAAGACCAAGAUCAAAAAGCAACCUCAGACCAGUAGCUAGAGAUAAUAACAAUAAAGAGAAAAGUCACCAGAAAAUCAGCCCAGUGAGCCCCAGAGAGAACUGGCCUCCCCAGUCUCUGUUGGACAGCAGCUGCGACUUAGAUAGUCAGGCAGUGAUGAACAUUAUGAACACAGAACAAAGCCAAAAUACUAUUGUUUCGAGAAUCAAAGCAUUUGAGGGUCAGACAAAUACAGAGGUUUCGGGACCCAAGAAACCAGAGAUUAUUCCUCGCACGCUUCCUCCGAAGCCUGCUGUUUCCUCAGGGAAACCCUUGGUGGCUCCCAAGCCAGCUGCUAACAGAACUUCUGGAGAAUGGGACUCUUGGACUGAAAACAGACUCAAAGCGACUUCCAGAGAAGGGCUCACCCCAUACUCCAUACCGCAAGAAGCUGGAAGCAUCCCAGCAACCAAACCUGAAUUGCCAAAGAAACCAACUCCUGGCCUUACACAAAGUGUGAAUCAUGAGAUUUCCAGGGGCGGGCCAGUGGCCGAGAGCCCUGAUGUAGGGAAGAAAGUCCCGACUCCUGCUCCCCGGCCCUUGCUGCCGAAGAAACCAGCCUUGGAUACCCCAUCUCACCCUUCAGCUCCGCGGAAACUAGUUCCAGUUCCUCCCCGACUCUCUGUAGCAUCCCAAGCCAAAGCAUUCAGAUCAAUGGGAGACGGGCCUCCAGCCAACCCCCCUGUUCCAGCUCUGCAGAGCAAGCCCCCGUGGGACAUCGACCUCAUCAGCUUUGAUGAUGAUGUUUUGCCCGCCUCAGGAAGUUCAGCCGAAGAACCCAUUGGUUCCAACACGGUUCUAGAUCCCUUUCAGCUCCCCACAAAAACAGAAACAACAAAAGAAAGAGCUGUUCAACUAUCAACCACCAGGAAGCCUACUGUAAUUCGAAUUCCAGCCAAACCAGGAAAAUGUUUACAAGAAGAUCCACAAAGCCCCCCGCCUCUUCCUACUGAAAAACCUAUUGGAAAUACUUACAGUACACGGUCUGGAAAACUCAGUAAUGCUGACAGAACAAGACAAUUGGAACCAGACCAUGCCGGUGAAUCAGGAGGUUUGGUACAAGGACCCCCCAGGUUGCCACCAAGACCUGUACAUGGAAAAGCCAUUCCAGUGUGGAAGCCUCCUCCCAAGGGGGCCCCUGAGAGGCCGCCUCCCCCUAGAUUUUCUGCAACCAAAACAUCAAGUAAAAAAUUGCCUUUUAAUCGAUCCUCUUCUGACAUGGAUCUUCAGAAAAAAAAAAGUCACUUGGCAUCUGGGCUCUCAAAAGCUAAGAGUCAAGUCUUUAAAAACCAAGAUCCGGUGCUACCCCCUCGCCCCAAACCAGGACACCCUCUCUACAGGAAAUACAUGAUGUCCGUGCCUCAUGGAAUUGCCAGUGAAGAUAUUGUCUCCCAAAACCCUGCAGAACUUUCUUGUAAGCGUGGGGAUGUACUUGUGAUCCUGAAGCAGGCAGAAAAUAAUUACUUGGAAUGCCAAAAGGGAGAAGGAACUGGCAGAGUUCACCCGUCUCAGAUGAAGAUUAUCACUCCUCUUGAUGAACAUCUUAGAAGCAGACCCAAUGAUUCCGGCCACUCACAGAAGCCUGUAGACAGUGGUGCUCCUCAUGCUGUGGUUCUUCAUGAUUUUCCAGCAGAGCAAGUUGAUGAUUUGAAUCUCACAACUGGAGAAACUGUUUAUCUUCUGGAAAAGGUUGAUGCAGAAUGGUACAGGGGGAGAUGCAGAAACCAGACUGGCAUAUUUCCUGCCAGUUACGUCAGAGUCAUCGUUGGUAUUCCAGAAGGAAGAAAUGGGAAAAGAGAAUCAUUUUCAUCUCACUCCGCUAAGGGCCCAAGAUGUGUAGCUCGUUUUGAAUAUAUCGGAGACCAGAAGGAUGAGUUAAGCUUCUCAGAGGGAGAAAUAAUUAUUCUUAAGGAGUAUGUGAAUGAGGAAUGGGCUAGAGGGGAGAUUCAAGACAGAACUGGGAUCUUCCCCCUUAACUUUGUAGAGCUUGUUGAAGAUUCUCCCACAUCUGGUGCAAAUGUUUUAAGCACAAAAGUACCACCAAAGACCAAAACCGAAAACCCUGGCUCAGGUUCUCAGGAUAGCAGCCUUUCUGCAGAAUGGUGCAAAGCUCUUCACAGUUUUACAGCGGAGACAAGUGAAGACUUACCCUUCAAACGGGGAGACCGGAUCCUGAUCCUUGAGCAUCUAGACUCCGACUGGUACCGGGGCCGACUGCAUGAGAAGGAGGGCAUCUUCCCAGCUGUAUUCGUGCAGCCCUGCCCAGCUGAAACAAAAAGUAUGGCUACCACAGCUCUGAAGGGGAAGAAAGUCAAAGCCUUGUAUGAUUUCCAUGGGGAAAAUGAAGAUGAGCUCUCUUUCAAGGCUGGAGAUAUAAUCACAGAGCUGGAGCUUGUGGAUGAUGACUGGAUGAGCGGAGAACUAAUGGGAAAAUCUGGAAUGUUUCCCAAAAACUACGUUCAGUUUCUACAAGUCAGCUGAAGGUGAAGCCUGACUAUUCCCUGGCACAAGAACUCACUUGAACAUUCACUUUGACUAUCAGAUGUUUUGCACUAUUUUUUUUACAGAAAGAGAAAUAUGUAAGGUGUACAUGGUACACUGGAAUCUGAACGCAGAAGACUUCUAGGUUUUAUGGUUAGCGUCCACUCAUAGUAGAAAGGUGUGUACCUAGAGAUAUCUAGAGCAGGGAAUCCAGCAAGGAUACAUCUAGUGGGAAUAGCAGGGCAGGUGCACACCUCCCCUGGGAAAGCAUCUGAUAAUGGCAGCAUGGGGAGUCUUACAAGCGGGAACUGUACUCAGAUCCUUGUUUUAAUCAGCACAAGUGAAUUAAUCAUGCUUCUUCCCUUUUUUACUUUAGUUUAAAGAGAGGACAUUUGACAUUCUACAUGCUGUAACUAUCAGGACAUGGAUGGUAAUCUGAAUUUCAUUUUUGAUACUCAAAUUAAUUCUAACAGCUUGAGUGCAUUUGUCUUUGUUCCAGACAAAUCCUUGCUUCAAGACAGAUAGUUUGGUAACUAGUGGAACAUUUGUAAGCAGGUGGGGAAAUCAGCUCAUGUUCCCCAAAUGCCCCCUUGUGUUCCCAGUAUUUCCCACUUGUUCAGGGACUGAAGGGGUCAAAAUUUGAUAAAUCUUACUUAAAAGAACCAAAACCAUCCCUGAAAUGCCUUUCUAAAACAACUAACCGAUCCACCUAUGUGCCAUACUCAUUUCUUCCUCAGUGUAUACAUUUAUGUUAACGGGGUUAUUAUAAAGCACAUUUCUUAAUCUGGAAUCAUUCCUUUGACAAUUACUGGCACCCAAAGGAAAAUUCAUUUUCUUUGUAUUACCCCAGUAAUAUAUAAAAACUGUGUGUUGUUAUAGUAGUGCAUUAUGAAUCACGUUUAGUAUCUUAGAAUACAGAGCAACUGUUAAGAUGAAAAACUGUGCCAAGCCCCCAUAGCUCAUUUCUUCUCAAUAUAAUCAAAAGGGAAAAUAAUUUAAGAGGACUGAAAGCUGGUACAUCACACCCCCCCCAGCUCAUCUCUGCACAAUUAUUAGAGUAAACAAAAGACCACUUUCCUGCCAUCCAUUGUCAUACAUUCCAAGCUCAAGAUAAAAGUGGUUCUUGCAUGACUGAAUCAACUACAGUUUAUGAGCUAAAGCCAAAUAGGUUGAAGACAAUCUUCCUAACAGAUCAAUGGAAUAACAUUUCAUUGGAAAUGUAAAACACCUUGUCAACAAUGUUCAUGCCUUUCUUCUGUUUUUGAGAAGAGUUUCAUAUGCUAGACCAUUUCUUGGUUUUUGUUGGUUUUCCCCAUUGUCCAGAAGCUAGGCAGUGAUCACACCACUACCUGACCACAUAGAUUUCUAUAAGGAAGUAAUAUUCAGUUUGUCUUUGACUAAAGUUUAAUAUCCCCAGCAUAUGGUUGCAUUUGACUUUGGUAUUUAGGACCUGUGAUUUCUUUAUGUUUAGGUAAAGAAGAAAGUAUUAAGAAACCUCUUGUCAGUUUUCCCCCAAAAGUAAUUUCCUGAGAAUGGCCUAACUUAGGUAUUCAAAAUAAAUUCCCAUCUGCAGCAAGCUGCAGGACAGCAGGAAGGGGUCAAACAUGGACUGGGACAUGAGGGUUAUCUUUGCCUAUGUAAUUUGAACAACUUACAUUGGAAAUUUUGAAAAAUCUAUCUUUAUUGGAGAAAAAACAUCCUUCUUAAAUGUUAGCCUUUAAGCAGAAUGGUAAGUGCAAUCGUUGUGUAUCGACUUGACACUAUAAUAAACUGAACUGAACUUUC